ACGCUUCUCACGAAAACUGGCGAGAGCAUCGUUUUUCACAUGCAUUUUUUCCGGAGUUUUCACGAAGUGAAGAAUAACAUAACCUAUCCCGAUAUUUAUUUACUGUGUUAUGACGUCGGAGAAGAACCUCGUUCGGUCGUUAAAUCGUCCGACAAAAAACCGUCGAUUGUUUUUGAACGUGUAGCGGAGAGACAUGGCGCGGAUCGAAGCCAGAUAAGUGCAAAUUAAACUCAGUUAUCAGCGCAGGUAACGAUGACGCGCAAAAAAAAUAACGAGCAGUGUUAUCGCGACCGUGGCGUUUUGUCAGUAAAAAUUUUCCGGAUAAUGUUCGAGGUCUACACUAAGGCCUUCCAAAGACAAAUGGAGGACCGGCAGGAGCUGGACGGGGCAAAAAAGCUGAACGAAGAACUGAAAACGCGACACAAACGACUAGAGGACGAGAACAAGGAACUGAAAGCGAAAUUUAACCGGAACCAAAUCGACAUCCUAACCAAGAAGAACGAAUUGAACAUGUUGUGGACGCAACUCCAAAGGGAAAGGAAAGCCACCAUGGAACUUAAUCAAAGGCUGCAAAUAUCUCGGGAACAAAUCGAGUCGAUUAGCAACCUAAUCGACGAGCUGCGUCCGAUCAAGGAACGACUGACGUUCAAGAAGAAUGUAGCCGAGUGCCUGCACGACAUGCUGGUGAAGACGAAGCUGAGGCUCGCUGAAAGCGAGCAGACGUUGCAGGAACUCCACGAACAGCUCACCGACUUGGAGUACGACGUGGAGAAGACUCGCGCGCUCCACCACAAACGCGUCGGCCAAUGGCAGGCCGAGUUUCUCGAAGCGAGGAUCAGGGAAGCUGACGUCAUACUCGAGUUUGACAAGUUGAAGCGCGAUGUCGCCACCGUCAAGCACGAACUCGAGGAGAAACGAUUGAUUCGAGAAGCCAAGCAAUCUACCGUCGGCACCACAACAAGCGUCAAGAUCAAUUCGAAGGGCAAAAAGUAUGAACGGAUAAUAGAGCAACGUGAACGAUCGAUAGCGAACACGGUCGAACUACAGAACGAGAUAGACCAUCUCAGGAUAUUGGCGAGGAAGCUGGCCGACCAAAAGGAAGACUGUGAAAGACGGAUGAGGUCGAACGAGGAGACGAAAUUGCAACUGCACGAGGUGAGGAGGAGCAAGUGGCAGAGGGAGUACGAGACGAACCAGAGCGUCGAGAUGUUGCGUGAAAAAUAUGCUCGGUUAGCGGAAAAAAUGGCGACGGAAUCGGAACGGGUCCGGGCAAGUAUAGAGGAGAAAGACCUGGCCAUAGGCGAGAUAGAAGAAAAGCUGAGGCAGCUUCAAACUAGGGUCAGUUCAGAGGAGGGAGUUCACAAAAACGAUCCCGAUUUGGACACCAUCCAAGAACUCGAGGACCGAAAAUCGGUUUUGGAACAAGAGAUAAGCGAAUUAAAAAAAACUUGACGGCCCUCGCUUCGUUUGCAGCUACUAGCAACGUUGCCGCUUCUUGGCAAAAGUAGCAUCUGUUUUGAUAUUUGGAAAAGGACACCCAAAAUAAUUCAGGUUUUACGGAAACUUACGUUUGUAUCCAAGUGCUGUAGGCAUGGGAUCAUUUGAAAGAGCGUUUACUUGUCGUCCAAGACAGUUUCUAAAAUGUAAGGUGUUAAAUUUGAAAAAUGAUGCUUUUUUCACAAAUAAAAACAAAUUUCACAAAAACACCACACAUUUUCGUAAUAACAAUAAAGCCCUUUAUUUUUCUUAUGGAAAGUGCUCUCAUAUCAGUUACUAACAAUAAUUAUUUAUUAUUACUAUUAACAAUAUCACAAAAAAAGUAACAAACGACUUUUUCAAAACAAAGACAUACAGAAAAAUAAAACAAAAAUUUUAAUGGGUUGAAACAUUUUACUGCAUUGUAACUACCAAACGAUCACUGAAGCGUGGCCUUUGUGUGCGUUGUUACAAAAAAAAUCCUUAUAGCGCUCAGAUAAAUGAGAGGAAAUAUGCCAAGUAGCACAUAAAUUUUAUUAUUCCACUAAAUAGUUGCAUGUUUGCUUUUUUGUUACUUCCUUUAAGACGGCCAGUAUGCUUUAGAAACUGACAUAUUUUACUAAAGUGCCUAAAGUUGUUGACCACACCGUAAUGAAAAUUUUAGUUCUUCUGAAAGCUAACUAGAGCUUAUGAUAAAGAAAGUGCCAAUUCGAAAAUAUACCACAGAGCUGCCCGAAAGCAGUAAAAAUAUUAUGACUAUGGGCUACUUCCGGUAAUAUUAGUCAUUUUGCAUUAAAUGAAACGAUAACCAAUAAUAAUUACGAUUAUAAACUGUACAGGGGUUGAUAGAUUUCAUAAGAGUACAUCAUGGUCUAAAUUUCUCAAAACAAAUGACUAUAAAAAGAAAAGGGCAAUAAUUUCUAUACAAAAUAUAGUUUGGUAUCUAGAGCACGAAACAAUAUUUGACAUUUUCACAUUCACAUAAAUAGAGACAAAUUUCUGUUUUCGCAAUGACUUUUAAUUUGAUUUAAUUCAAAUCGCAAAUAGAACUUCGAGCUUAUUAGAAAAAUAAAUAUAGAUUUUUUUUCAAAUGUAGUUAAGUAAAGUAAAGUUACCUGGUAAGAGUAUUAAAGUUAUUUAUUACAUACCUAUCCCAUUUAAGCGAAAGCCUAACUUCAUCAAGCCGCCAUAACUUAGAGCAUUUAACAAAACAUUUUUGUCGGCAUUAUUAUCGUAUAAAUUAAGAUUAAUUAAAAUUACAAUCUCUUUCACGAUUCUUGAAAAAUGAAAAAGUUGUUAAGGUCCGAUACGACACAGGUUGUUUUUAAAUCAAACGUUUUCGAUGCUGCUAAACAUAAUUUUAUUAUCAUUUAUUCAGUAUUCUGUAAUGGUGUUUUAGUGAAACGACAUUUAUGAAAUAAUUUUAUAGCAUUGUCAAAAGGACACCGCAGUGUUAUUUAAAAUUUUGAACUCACAGCUCUACUAAACAAAUUGUUAUAUAACGUUUUUAUAAAAUGGUAAAUAUUGUUGUAUUAUAUACCAUAUGUACUAAUACUAUACAACAUAUGAUUAUAUAACUUCUACUGGAUACAAUUGUUUUAUAUAAGCGCCAUAUUAAAGGUUGUUAAAAGUUGUUAAAUAGUAAGGUAUAUGACAAUUGACAAUUUGACUUGGGAUAAACAUUGGAUUUGAGAAUGUAGUAUCUUCAACGGAAGCAGUUAAUAGGCAAUUGCGUUUCCGAUGCUUUUAUUCCUCCUUUGCGAUUCAGGGGCGCCUAUACGUCUUUAUUUAAUUAUAUUAUUAAUAAAUAAAAUUUGCGUUCCGCCGUUGUUUUCAUUCAACCCCCGUAUUACAGGCGACCUUGAACCGGCGUCAAUAACGUCGUUACAAAUGUAGGUGAUCGUUUUUAUCGUUACACGCGAUCACGUGUCGUCCCGUGGCGACAAGUGUUUUCUUGGCACGCACCGCUGCCAAAUUGUACUUACGCAAUGGCCGAUUUUGCGAUACAUAUCCACACACACACCGAUGCGGUAAUCCGCCACGCCGAAAAGAUCACCCUAAAAUUAAACCGACACUACCGAACGCAUCGCGAGGGGAUAUUAAAAAACAUAUUACGGGUGUUCCACGAGGUUCUAUAUCGGGGCCGUUGCAUACAUGCAGAUACCCAAAACACGCUUAAUAUUACAUUUACCUACUGAUUCAAACCAGUGCUUGAUAGUUCCAGCUUCGAUACCUUACUAUUACACAUUAUAUUAUUAUUAUUAUUGCAUUAUUAUUACAUAUAAUAUAUCCGUUAUCCGUACUGACAGGGCUUAUCGAUUUCUUUCGUUUUUUUCUUGGUUAUUAGAUAGUGAAUUAAAAUUAUUUUUUACGUAUAUUUAAUAUUUCCUGUAAUUGGGUCGGGUUACCUGUUGCUAUUAUUAUUAUUAUACUACAUUUGCAUAUUAAAUUAUUAUUAUUAUACAAAGAAUUUGUAGAUAUUCUGCAUUUUACAACAAAUAGUGGAUUAUAAUUCGUACAUUUCACAAGUGAUGUAAAGCAUUGAUAG